AUGGAGGUGGAGCCCCCGGUGGAGGAUGGAGGUGGUGCCCCCCGGUGGAGGAUGGAGGUGGAGCCCCUGGUGGAGGAUGGAGGUGGUGCCCCCCGGUGGAGGAUGGAGGUGGUGCCCCCGGUGGAGGAUGGAGGUGGUGCCCCCCGGUGGAGGAUGGAGGUGGUGCCCCCCGGUGGAGGAUGGAGGUGGUGCCCCCCGGUGGAGGAUGGAGGUGGAGCCCCCCGGUGGAGGAUGGAGGUGGAGCCCCCCGGUGGAGGAUGGAGGUGGUGCCCCCGGUGGAGGAUGGAGGUGGAGCCCCCGGUGGAGGAUGGAGGUGGUGCCCCCCGGUGGAGGAUGGAGGUGGUGCCCCCCGGUGGAGGAUGGAGGUGGUGCCCCCCGGUGGAGGAUGGAGGUGGUGCCCCCCGGUGGAGGAUGGAGGUGGAGCCCCCGGUGGAGGAUGGAGGUGGUGCCCCCAGUGGAGGAUGGAGGUGGAGCCCCCAGUGGAGGAUGGAGGUGGAGCCCCUGGUGGAGGAGAUAGAUGGGGGGGUGGUCGACCCGGAAGGUGGACAACCCUUAAGCCUCCCGCAUCAACCCCAAGCGCCAGAUCCUGGUGGACUGUCCACCGACUCUGAUGAUGGACUAACAACCAACUCUGAUGAUGGACUAUCCACCAACUCUGAUGAUGGACUAUCCACCAACUCUGAUGAUGAACUAUCCACCAACUCUGAUGGUGAACUAUCCACCAACUCUGAUGAUGAACUAUCCACCAACUCUGAUGAUGAACUAUCUACCGACUCUGAUGAUGGACUAACUACCAACUCUGAUGAUGGACUAUCCACCAACUCCGAUGAUGGACUAUCCACCAACUCUGAUGAUGGACUAUCCACCAACUCUGAUGAUGGACUAUCCACCAACUCUGAUGAUGGACUAUCCACCAACUCUGAUGAUGAACUAUCCACCAACUCUGAUGGACUAUCCACCAACUCCGAUGAUGGACUAUCCACCAACUCCGAUUAUGGACUAUCCACCAACUCUGAUGAUGGACUAACUACCAACUCUGAUGAUGAACUAUCCACCAACUCUGAUGAUGGACUAUCCACCAACUCUGAUGAUGGACUAUCCACCAACUCCGAUGAUGAACUAUCCAUCAACUCCGAUGGUGGACUAUCCACCAACUCCGAUGGUGGACUAUCCACCAACUCUGAUGAUGAACUAUCUACCAACUCUGAUGAUGGACUAACUACCAACUCUGAUGAUGGACUAUCCACCAACUGCGAUGAUGGACUAUCCACCGACUCCGAUGAUGGACUAUCCACCAACAACGAUGAUGGACUAUCCACCAACUCUGAUGAUGGACUAUCCACCAACUCUGAUGAUGAACUAUCCACCAACUCCGAUGAUGAACUAUCCACCGACUCCGAUGGUGGACUAUCCACCAACUCCGAUGAUGGACUAUCCACCAACUCCGAUGAUAGACUAUCCACCAACUCCGAUGAUGGACUAUCCACCGACUCCGAUGAUGGACUAUCCACCAACUCCGAUGAUGAACUAUCUACCGACUCUGAUGAUGGACUAACUACCAACAACGAUGAUGGACUAUCCACCGACUCCGAUGGUGGACUAUCCACCAACUCUGAUGAUGGACUAUCUACCAACUCCGAUGAUGGACUAUCUAUCAACUCUGAUGAUGAACUAUCCACCAACUCCGAUGAUGGACUAUCCACCGACUCCGAUGAUGGACUAUCCACCAACUCCGAUGAUGGACUAUCUACCAACUCUGAUGAUGAACUAUCCACCGACUCCGAUGGUGGACUAUCCACCGACUCCGAUGAUGGACUAUCCACCAACAACGAUGAUGGACUAUCCACCAACUCCGAUGAUGAACUAUCCACCAACUCCGAUGAUGGACUAUCCACCAACUCCGAUGAUGGACUAUCCACCAACUCCGAUGAUGGACUAUCCACCGACUCUGAUGAUGGACUAUCCACCGACUCCGAUGGUGAACUAUCUACCAACUCUGAUGAUGGACUAUCCACCGACUCCGAUGAUGGACUAUCCACCGACUCCGAUGAUGAACUAUCCACCGACUCCGAUGAUGGACUAUCCACCAACUCCGAUGGUGGACUAUCGACCAACUGCGAUGAUGGACUAUCCACCGACUCCGAUGGUGAACUAUCUACCAACUCUGAUGAUGGACUAUCCACCAACUCCGAUGAUGGACUAUCCACCAACUCCGAUGGUGGACUAUCGACCAACUGCGAUGAUGGACUAUCCACCGACUCCGAUGGUGAACUAUCUACCAACUCUGAUGAUGGACUAUCCACCAACUCCGAUGAUGGACUAUCCACCAACUCCGAUGAUGGACUAUCCACCAACUGCGAUGAUGGACUAUCCACCAACAACGAUGAUGAACUAUCCACCAACUCCGAUGAUGGACUAUCCACCGACUCUGAUGAUGGACUAUCCACCGACUCCGAUGGUGGACUAUCCACCGACUCUGAUGAUGGACUAUCCACCAACUCCGAUGAUGGACUAUCCACCAACUCCGAUGAUGGACUAUCCACCAACUCCGAUGAUGGACUAUCCACCGACUCCGAUGAUGGACUAUCCACCAACCCCGAUGAUGAACUAUCCUCCGACUCCGAUGGUGGUCUAUCCACCAACUCCGAUGGUGGACUAUCCUCCGACUCCGACGGUGGACUAUCCACCGAGCUCGUGAAAGGGGGUGGACACGCAGAGUCACCCCAGGGGGUAGCCUCUCAGGCACGGCCGUUCAGGGGAGCUGUUGUGGCCGGGUGGGGUUGUGGCCGGGCCUGGCGGCCGUCUUUGUCUCCCCGCAGCAGUGGCUCCCGAUGUAUUUUUUUACGGCUAGUGGGGUAGGGGAUGGUGGUGGUGGUGGUGGUUGUGGGUCUAUGCGGGGUUCGUAGGGCGGUGCGCUAACCACUGCACCACCGCUCCUCA